AUGAAGAAAAAUAUUAAGCAACCCCUCUCCAUCUCCAUCUCCAUCUCCAGUGUCCAUCUCCCGACCUCUAAUUUCAAGCUCGAGCGCGAGCUGGGGCCUGACGUGAAUUACAUCGAGUACAGAUUGUUCCGGCUGAACGAAUCCAUAGCCGCCGCCGCGUCGUCGAGCCGAAAUUGGGGAAAUCGAAGAAGAAAACCUUGGGUCAUCGACAUUGAGGACCUCGACGACGGUGUAUUUGAUGCGGUUCUCGAGGCCGAGGAGGAGGUCGGGGUUGCUGAGGCCGACGUCUGCGUCAAUAGCCACGGUAAAGAAGCAGAGGCGCACGAGGGAGAGGUGGAUGUUGGUGGUGGUGCUGGUUUUGUCGCCUUUACCGGAGACACGAGGGUCUCGUGGGAGAGCUGCGGCUUGCGUUUGGUGAUAGUGGUUGAGUCUUAA